GCGGGUCCUCAGCUCGGCAAGCUGAUAACAAUGUGGCUCAUAAACAUACAGCGGCUGCUACUUUCUUCAUCUGCUGUGGCGAUACUUGGUGGAACAGGAAUCGCCAGAGCGAUGUGUGCGCAGGUGAAUGACUGGCGGAGUGCCAAAUCCAUUUAUGAGUUCUCUGCAAAGGACAUUGAUGGGAAUGAAGUAUCUCUUGAAAAAUACAAAGGCUAUGUCUGCAUCAUCACAAAUGUCGCCUCAAAAUGAGGCAAGACUGGCGUGAACUACACUCAGCUUGCGGCAAUGCACGUCACGUAUGCUGAGAAGGGUUUGCGCAUCCUAGGCUUUCCCUGCAACCAGUUUGGAGGGCAGGAGCCAGGUACAGAUGCAGAGAUCAAGGCGUUUGCCAAAGGAUACAAUGCUGAGUUUGACCUCUUUAGCAAGAUUGAAGUCAAUGGUGACAACGCCCACCCCCUGUGGCAGUGGAUGAAGAAUCAGCCAAAGGGGAAAGGGACACUUGGGAACAACAUCAAAUGGAACUUCACAAAGUUCCUCAUUGACCGUGAAGGACAGGUUGUAAAGAGAUAUGGUCCCAUGGAUGAUCCAAGUGUGGUAGAAAAGGAUCUCCCAAAAUACCUGUAAAGAGCUCUCCGUCCAUCUCUGAUUUACUCCUGCCCAAUCCUUGUCUCCGGCAGCAAGCUGGCAGCACGGGUGUUUCUGCCCAGAUUAAUGAUGGCCUGACCACAAACCUAUUUGACAGGGAGGUCAGGCCUGAUGAAACUGACGUGCAUAACCACUGGGAUGAUGCCUUGAAUGCCAGCUUAGCUUCUUGAGACAACGGUGUAGGCAGUUCUCUCUGCACUUAAAUGUCACUGAAUGUUUUGUUCCUAAUCCAUGUGUCAAAUAAAGAUCUAUAGACAGA